CGCAGUGCGUAAGACUCGCCAGGCUGAGGUGGACGUCGAUAACCAGCGUCUGCUCGGUUGUUCUUAGAAUUUUUGCGAUUUAAGACAAAGAUGACCAUAUUUUCACGAUUUGGCAUCCUUCUCAGACACCAAAAGCGGACGAACAUGUCAGAAAUGCUCAAGGGCCAUGGACUGCGCUGUGCUUCCUUCCUGCACCAGAAGGGCUACAUUGGGGGCCAGUGGGUCUCGGCUACCAGCGGGAAGACUUUUGAAGUUACAAAUCCGAGCAAUGGCAAAGUGAUUGCAAGUGUCCCAGACAUGGAUGAACAUGAUGCGCGGACAGCCAUUGAUGCAGCCUACGAUGCUUUCCAGACAUGGAGGAGAACCACGGCCAAGGAACGUGCCACUCUUCUACGCAAAUGGUACAGUUUAAUGGAAGAGCAUAAGGAGGACUUGGCUAUCCUAAUGACAGCAGAAGCAGGAAAACCUCUUGUUGAGUCCCGUGGUGAAAUAACUUAUGGGAGCUCUUUCCUGGAGUGGUAUGCAGAAGAGGCUAGACGCAUACAUGGUGAGGUUGUUCAGAGUCCAGCACCCAGCAAGGAGAUGAUUUUUCUACGCGAACCUAUUGGAGUUGUGUCCAUGAUUACGCCUUGGAACUUCCCGAAUGCCAUGAUUACGCGUAAAGCAGGAGCUGCCCUGGCUGCAGGAUGCACGUGUGUCAUCAAGCCAGCAGAAGACACCCCCUUCUCAGCACUUGCAGCUAUGGACCUUGCUGAAAAGGCUGGUUUUCCUCCAGGAGUUGUAAAUGUGGUGACAGCAUCAAGGCAGAACACUCCAGCCGUAGGGGAGAUUCUUUGUACAAGCCCAAAAGUAGCAGGCAUGUCCUUCACAGGAUCAACUGUAGUAGGGCAGUUAUUGUACAAGCUCUGUUCAAAGGGUAUCAAGAGGAUUGGACUAGAGUUAGGAGGAAAUGCUCCAUUCAUUGUCUUCAAUGGGGCAAAUGUGAAAUCAGCUGUUGAAGGACUAAUGGCUGCAAAGUUCAGGAAUGCAGGACAGACUUGCAUCAGUGCAAACAGGAUCUUGGUUCAGUCUGGAGUCUAUGAUCAGUUCCUGGAGCUAUUGAAGGAAGCUGUGAGCAAGCAACUGGUUGUAGGGGAUGGAUUUGACAAAGGAGUUAAUCAGGGACCUAUCAUUAACCAAAGCCAGCUGAACAAGGUCAGUGGUAUUGUCAAGGACUCCAUAGCUGCUGGAGCUCACUUGGUGACUGGAGGGAGCAUUCACAAACUGGGGGGUCUGUUCUACGAACCAACCAUCCUAACUGAAGUGACAGAGGAUAUGCCUUGCGUCAAGGAGGAAAUCUUUGGCCCAGUUGUGGCUGUUAGGAAGUUUGAGACUGAAGAAGAGGUUCUGCAGAUAGCCAAUAACUCUGACCGUGGUUUGGCUGCUUACUUCUACAGCCAGGAUGUGUCGCAGGUAUGGCGGGUGGCCAGGAGAUUGGAAUCGGGAAUGGUUGGCAUUAAUGAGGGCCUAAUCUCUGCUGCGGAAGGUGCAUUUGGAGGAGUGAAACAAUCAGGCAUUGGCAGAGAGGGUUCCAGUCAUGGUAUUGAUGAGUACACAAAUAUUAAGUACAUUUGCAUAGGAGGUAUUCAUUAAACACUUGGCAUAUUGUGGUUGAAGGUAUAGGUCAGGGCAGCUUAUUGUGUGCUGGCAUUGCAGCUAUAUCUUUUUAAUAUCUGUAUUUAUGCUGAUAUUUACAAUAGAGCUAUAAAAUUGUGUGAACAAGUACGACAGUGGUGUUGAAAAUUAUGUCUUUCUUUUAGAUCUAUGUUAUUUUGAGAUCAUUAAAUGAUACAUAUACUUAUAGUAGAUAAACCUUACUAAUUUGAUAUUAUUUUGAGUGAAGAUCUACCAAAUGGAGUUGGUAUAAGGUGAUGUCAAAUGUAAAUGCACAAGGAAUAUUUAACAUUGAUCCUACAUUAGGAUACUGUAAUUAAAGGGAUCCAAAAUUUGGGUGAUGAUAAAUGAAAAUUUAAUAAGCCAUUAUUUUAUGGCUUUUUUUAUAUUGCACUUUCUGAUAUCCAUCUAUAUCUUGGUUUUUGUGUCCAUCUGUCUGUAUCUGUUUGUCUAUUGAUCCAUCUAACAUUUUUUUUUCUCUUAUUUCUUUAACUGUAAAAAUAAUUAAUAAAAUGUGUUUCUGAGCAAAAUGAAAUGUUAAAACCUCAGCAGUAUUCUAUGAAAUCAGUAACACUGCCAGUGAUGAUAAUAAUUGUGUUUUUGAUAAGUGUUCUGCUAACAUUGGCAUUAAAUGAUUAUAUGCCUUUUAGACAUGAAUUUUUGGUACCUUUUCACAUUAAUAUUACACUAUCAUGUGUUAGAAAAAAAUCUUGAUCUAUAAUUGAAGGUAAGAUAAUCAGUCACUUUAGAUAGAUUAAUAAUUAUGAAUAAUCAUGCAGGAGAUAUGCUGAAGUGGGUGAGAAAACAUCAGAUUGCACCAUUGCACUUUACGCUAGAUUGUAAAUUAGUGGCACAAGUAAACAUGAUCUUGGACAUGUUUAUAUAUUAAACAUUUGUGAGGAGCUUUACAAAAAGUACAAUCUCAUAAAUGUUAAGAAAAUAGUUCCAAUUUUUUACAUAUACACCUGAUGCUUUUUCAUGUUUGCUUCAUAACUUUUUGUUUCAUUCAUGGCAUUAUAGUAUUAUCAAUUAGUUUUUGUUGUGAUUUGUUUCUUUUGUGUUCAUGUCUGUCAAUGGUAUGUUUAGACAAUUUAUGCAUCAGUUGCAGGGCAUUCCUUUUUGCAAUCAUGAGCAUUGUAUUAUGUAGAAUUCAUGUAUAUUUACUGGCUGCAUAAUAUAGAAGAGCUAAACAUGGUAUAUUCUAAGUAUAAUGGGAUUACACAAAUUUGCUUGAAACACCAAUUUUGUAAUAGCUAGGAAUAAGUAUGUAGUUUAUAUAUAUGUUUAGGAUUAUAUAGAUCAUACUCUGGUAUAAUAGGAAGAGAGUUACAAAUAUAUAUACUUAAUGUUUUUGUCUUCAUAUGAUUUUUGGGAGCACAUUGUUUCAAUUUUUUAUAUUAGAGCAAGGGAGGGACUCAAAAUUGUAAGCAUUUUGAAUUUUUUAAGAAUGUCACUUUAAUGUAUUUUUAACAGAGAAAUCAGAAAUUUCUUUUGAGCCAUUACACCAACCUAUUUGAGUUGAGUUUUUAUGGCUAUAUCGGGGUUACACUUUCAUCAGCUAUUAAGUACAAAAUUAUUAUUUUUUUUUUCAUUAUCAGUGUUUCUUAUGGUAUCCCUUUUAUACACACAUUAAUAAUGUGUCAAAGGAAAACAAGGAAGAAGUGGAAGAUUUCUAUUGACAUAUUUCUUUUUUACAAAAGGUAUCGGGUAGUCUUGAUAACAUGUAUUUAUAAUCGUAAAAGCAGUCCUAAAUAUUGACUUGAUAGUCGUGCAUAUAUUCUUUUUUCACUUUUUUUUUUCUUUUUUUUUUAGAUAUUUAUAUGUACUGCACUGUAUAUAAAAAGUGCCAUAUCUUUUUUUUCCUUCAUAUAGAGUCCAAAUUAUAAGAUAAAAAUUAAAGGAAAAAAUAGUGUAAAAAUACUCAUCAUCAUGAGAUAUAAAACGGACGAGUUAAAAAAUACUGAAGAUGAUUUAUAAAGUAAUCAAUUGCAAUAUUAAAUGACAUAUCACAAUAUUUACACAAAAAUAUUCCUUAAUGCAAAACUUGAGAUGUUAUGUUAUUGUACAAACAUGUGAAUUUAAUUAUAACAUUUAUUUUUUCAUACUGAAUUGUUUGGUAAGUUUGCAAGGGAGUCUUCCAUUGAUGUUUAUUGUUAUUCGUUAAAUGUUGGGCAGUGUACUAUUACUGUCAGGUGUUGUGGUGUAUUUUUGUUGUCCCUUGUAAAUUUGUUGAUUAAACUGGAGAUUUAC